AUGAGCCUUGAGGGUGAUACCGGAGUUUCGAGCGAUGAUGCCCUGCGUCUUGCGCAGUUGGGCCAUACGCAGGAACUUCGAAGACAGUAUUCCCUCUUUUCUCUCUGUGCUCUAUGCGUUUGUCUUAUGGCGACAUGGGAAGCUUUGUCCUCCGUCGUCGCUACAGCUCUCAUCACCGGCGGAGCACCAUGUCUCUUCUACAACUAUCUAUUAUCAGCAGUAUGCUCAAUCUGCAUCGCUAGUUCCCUUGGCGAAAUCGCUUCGAUAUAUCCUACAGCUGGAGGUCAAUACCAUUGGGUAGCAGCCCUUACGCCCGCUUCGAUUCGAUCGCACGCUUCUUGGGUCACAGGCUGGGUUAGCAUUGGCGGGCAGGUUGUUCUUACAUCAUCUGCUGCGUUUGCUGCUGGUCUACAGAUGCAGGCUCUUAUAAUUGUUAACAAUGAGACGUAUGUUCCUGAGCGGUGGCAGGGCAUGUUGUUUUACUGGCUGGUUCUUGUUUAUGCUCUUGCUCUUAAUAUUUGGGGUGAUAGACUUCUUCCGUAUAUCAAUACGGUGUCUGGUGCGAUUCAUGUCAUCGGUUUUGUGACAAUUGUUGUCGUUCUCGGUGUUAUGGCACCCAAGAACUCGGCUUCUUUUGUCUUUACAGAGGUCACCAACUCUAGUGGCUGGGCCAACGAUGGUGUAUCUUGGCUAGUUGGCCUCUUGAGUGCUGUGUAUCCUUUCCUCGGAUAUGACGCCGCCUGCCACUUAGCAGAAGAAAUGCCCCACGCCAGCCGUAACGUCCCCCUCGCUAUGGUCGGCAGUGUAACCGUCAACGGUCUCAUGGGUCUCGUCUACGUAAUCAUCUUCCUCUUCUCAACAGGACCACUCGAGAAACUUCUCCAAACACCCACUGGUUUCCCCUUCAUGCAAAUCUUCCUUGACGCUACAAAGAGCCCUGCUGGUUGCAUUGUUCUCUCCGUCAUCAUCACCUGUACUGCUGUCGCAGCGACUGUCGCUGGAGUUACUUCUACUUCGCGAACUUUGUGGGCUUUUGCUAGAGACAAGUCAACGCCGUUUGAUAAGCAACUGAGUCAAGUCGAUAAACGUCUUCAGAUUCCUGUUUACGCUGUCGUUGUCGUCACUGUUCUUCAGAUGCUUCUUGGUCUCAUCUACCUCGGCAACACCACGGCUUUCAAUGCUAUCUUGUCAAUGUCAAUCAUUGGCAUGUAUGUCAGCUAUGCGUUUCCCAUCAUCGCAAUGCUGUUCGCCAGGAAGAGUCUUCAAACUUCGAAUGGCUUCGGUCCCUUCAAGCUUGGACGUAUUGCUGGCCCAGCUGCGAAUGUCAUCAGCUUGAUAUGGAUCACUAUCGUUGUCAUCUUCAGCACUUUUCCGUCGUCUAUGCCAGUCACACCUCAGAACAUGAACUACUCUAUCGUUGUCAUGGCUGGAUGGCUCUUUGCUGGUAUUGGAUACUAUGUCUUCCGUGGAAAGAACAAAUUCGAGGUUCCGGUCGUUGACCUUGAUGUUGUCGAGGGACUUCGUGACGGAGUUCAUGACAAAUAA